AUGACCGUUAAAAACAGGGAUAUGGCUAUCAACACUUCCCUAGCUAUCGUUCCUGUGUUACUUCAAGUUAACGGGGUGGAAAUAGAAAUUUUCGCUUUUCUAUAUCCAGGAGCGACCGUUAACUUAAUUCGAGAGGAUGUAGAUAAACAGCUCAAAUGCAAAGGGAAUGCAAGGAAUGUAUCCUUUGGCUCGUUUCACGGCCAAGACCCACAGUUUCAAUCAACUACGGUUAGUCCGACUAUGAGGGCUCGUGAUAGAUCCUUCGAAUCGGAUUUAAAGCAGGUUUCUACUGUGCCAACUCAGUACCUAAAGUUAUCAUGCCCACCGAAGGAGUUAAUGGAGAUCCGAAGUCAUUACCCUUAUCUCAAAGACGUAAAACUGGUUGAUGUUGGAGAAAUAACCAUCCUUAUUGGAGCGGGAAACCAAUGGUUGCACUUACGCCUCGAUGAAAGACUACCUCCUGUUGGAACCGACGCUCCCUUUGGUUUAUUGACGCCAUUUGGUUGGACUUGCGUUGGCGAUCUAACAUUAGGGACGCAGCAGCAUGAUUCAACGGUUUGUCGUUCAAACAAACAACUGAUGACGGUGCAAAAACUCUGCUACCUUGUACAAGAAUCACCGACGGAAGCACUACUUUUACGUCAAGUCGAGAAAUUGUGGGAAACGGAAAGCUUUCCAAAUGUAACCCCGGCUCAACCGCUAGAAUCAACCGAGGAUAAACUAGCGAGGAAGAAACUCGAUGCAACUAUUCAAUUCGACGGAACCAGGUAUGAAGUAGGUCUACCAUGGGUUUCAGAUGCUAUCGCAUUACCCGACAAUUACAAUAGUGCAUUGCGUCGACUUUUCUCUAUCGAAAACAAAUUCGUUCACAAUUCUAAUUUUGCUGAGAGAUACAAAGCCGUAAUCGAUGACUAUGUAGCAAAGGGAUUCGCGCGGCCUCUCAAAGAAAGUGAAUUGAAGGGCACCUUUGGGAGAAAUUGGUACCUUCCCCAUCAUGGAGUCGUAAAUCCUCGAAAACCCGAAAAGGUUAGGGUGGUCUUCGACGCUUCGGCAAACUUUCAAGGAGUUGCGCUCAACGAAAUGCUCUUAAAGGGUCCCAAUCUCAUCAAUGACAUAGGUGCUACCCUUCUUCUCUUCAGAGAAAAGUCGGUGUCCCUAUCUGGGGAUAUUCAACAAAGGUUUCUUCAAGUUGGCGUGAAGAAAGAAGACUGUUCCGCCCUACGAUUUCUAUGGCGUCCACCUGGCUCACGAAAAAGACCCACCGUAUAUGAAAUGCAGCGACAAAUCUUUGGAUCAGUUUCAUCCCCUUUCAUCUGCUCCCAAGUCCUUCGACAUAUUGCUGACCUACAUCGUGAAGAAAUUCCUGAAGCUGCUGAACGAGUCUACAAGAACUUCUAUGUAGAUAACCUUCUGGAUUCUUUUUACACCGAAGAGGAGGUUAGUCGAGCGGCCAAAGAUUCUACAGCAUUGCUAAAAAAGGGAGGAUUCCACCUGAACCAAUGGCUCUCUUCAUCUCGACGGGUAUUGUCACGUGUACCAGAAGGUGAUCGUAAUCAGCCUCGCCUGAAUUUGGAUCUAGAAGAUUUGCCAACGGAGAGAACCUUAGGUGUGUUAUAUGACAGCGAAAGUGACAGCUUCAUCUUUGAUAUCAAAACCGACGUCGAAGCGAGUACUAAGCGUCGGAUCUUGAGUGCUGUGUCCACCUUGUAUUACCCACUGGGGUUUUUAUCACCAGUGAUCCUUAGCGCCAAACGAAUUCUACAAGAAUUGUGGCUUGUCGGUGUUGACUGGGAUGAUUAA